AUGGCUCGCCUAGACACGGCCGCGUCGGCAAGCGAUGUCAGAAAGGAGGCUACCCAGAGAAGGGUAGCUAUAAAAAACAAGACCCCUUCUUCCUCCGGCACAUGGCCAUGCACCAUGAACGGGUGCAACAAGCAGUUUGCGCGGGAGGCAGAUCUGAAGAGGCAUCAAAGAACUACCAAGUCACAUUCGAAUCCAGGCUUUGCGUGCCCACAAUGUGACGCAGCUUUUACACGGAUGGAUGCACUCAGGCGACAUCAGAGAUCAAGACACAACGGCGUCGUGAUAGACAUGCUGGAACCUACAAGUUCUCAAGAACGACUGGAGCCACCAUCGGAAUCCCGAAGUAGCAGUGCUACGCCAUCCCUGAAGGGAAAGGAACGCGCUGAUGUUACCUACGAAGGCCCAGCCUACUAUCGCCCUUACCCGUCUUCAGCAAACCCAUCAACCACUCGUUUGCCACCAAUCUUUACAACACCGCCAAUCGGCCUCCCCACAUCUGCAACGCGAUUUGGUGAAUCUACUUCCGUAAGCUACCAUUCCGUUCACGGUCACGACCAAAGUUAUUACUCGACUUCGCAAUAUCGGCUGCGGCCAAGUGAGUCUGCCACUAGACGCGACCACGAUCGCUCCGAUAGCGUCUCUUCUUCGGAUACGUCCCGACCUCCUACACCUCCAGCUGAUGGAUACGUAAACGGCCAAAAUGGAGCAGACAGGUUUUCCCGUGCGCCUCCAGUUAUCGAUCCUUCUCUCGAGAGUCACAAUGAAGUAUCUUCAUCUACACAAGCCUACAGAGUCCCAUAUAGCGGGCGUGACAGCCGUUCCCCCUCCCGCGAGGAUCCUAUGAAGGGGCGAAAAUGCGCUUACAAGCGUCAAGAAAUAUCAGAUAGUUCGGAUGAAUCAGAUGACGACGUGCCCCCGUCAUCAAGCAAGUAUAUACGACACAAAAUCUCCCCAGGCCGUGCGGCGAUGGAGAAUAUCUACACCGAAGAUGGCCAGCCGAUGCUUAACCCAGCGGAGCUUUUAACCCAGGAGUCUUUGGCUUCCCCUUAA